UUCUGCGUGGUCGGACCGAAGUUGGAUCAAAGUUUAUCAUUUAUUUAUCUAAUAUACGUAAUUAUGCAUGAGCUAAAAGGCUGGCAUUUUGUGUUAAAUUAUAAUAUUGAUUGAAUGACGGAAUACAAUAAGAAAUAAGCCAGCGGCAGAGAGAUAUUAUCAAGUUGACUUCGAGGUGUAUAUUCCACAAGUAUAGACCGAUGACUAUCCACUAUCUAACGAGGCGGACUUUCGCUUGUAUGAAAAUGGCCCGCUUCGUGCCUAUAACCGUGGACAUGACGGGCGCGGUGCUCACACACCUGCGCGAGUCGUUCUUCGCGGACGAGCCUCUGAACGCGGCCGUGGGGCUGUGCGAGCGCGGGCAGGGGCACGCCGCGCUCGACCGCCUGUGCGCUAACACCAUCCGCGACGGGCUGUCUGUUGCCGCUGUUGAUGGUAAUGAGAUCCUCGGCGUGGCACUAAACGGCAUCCUCAAACCAGGAGACGUCGAGAAAUCCAUCGAGAACAUCCAGCAGUCCGGCGACGAGAAGUACAACAAGAUCUUCAAGAUCCUCUACUCUGUGACGCACGAGCUCGACCUGUUUACCACGUACGGGGUGGACCGUAUUCUGGAGUGCCGCGUCGUGUCGGUGGCGGAGAGCGCGAGGGGCUGCCGGUACGGACACGAGCUGAUGAAGAGGAGCGUCGAUGUGGCGAAGGAGCAUGGGUUUAAGCUGUUCAAAGUGGACGCGACGGGGGCCUACUCGCACCGCAUCGCGAACAACCUCGGCCUCACCACGCUGCGCCGCGUGCCCUACGCCACCUACUGCGAUGAACAUGGACAGAUUGUGUUCCCGGUGUCUCCUCCUCACGAAGCCCUCAAUAUCAUGGUGCUGCAGCUGCCCUGAAGAGACCAUCACACCACCCUUUACUAAAGAUAAAGAUAUAGUAUCUGUAAUAUCACUAUCCCUUCUCCUCUAAUGGGUUACGGCCGGCCGGUACUUAUAUGGUUGAUCUAGCCCAGGUGGCCUAUUUUCAACCAUUCGCCUAUAUUAUUGAGUGUUAGAAUU